AUGAAAUCUAUCUCAAAUCUUCUCCCAAUCUCAAAUCUUACACUUAAUAGUGGCAUUAGGACAGCUACAACAAACAUAGAGACAAACGAAAGGCAUAGGAGAGAAGGAGAGGAGAAAGGCAGACAUAGAAGAUCCUCUGUUUCAGGUGCCAUCUACUAUGAGAACAACAAAAUAUUGGGCUACCAUUACUGUCCGGGAAAGAACCCAACAGAGCUUGGUUUCGAUUUUGCUCAUCGCAAAGUCCUCAGGGAUGUUUUCAACUUCAUUGUGACCUCCAAUCACAAGGAGAUGAUCUUUUAUAGGACCUCGACGCCACAUAACUUUGAGAAUGAGAUUUGGCUUGGCGGUGGGAAUUGUAAGAGGAUAGAACCAGUCAAGGAAGGAGUGUUUGAGUUAAAUAAGAUGGUGAAAAUUAUUCGUGAUAUCUGA